CAACAACUACGCAAUAUUAACAUUUUGUAAUGGCGAUAUUUUAUUGGAAUUAUUUACAAAAUUUGCAUGAUUCUUGGAAGAGAAAGGGGAAGAUGGCUUGAAAAAACAUGUGAUGAUUCUUGUAUUCCUGUGUGUUGCGUCCUGUAAACAUCAGCUAAUGAUUUGAAGUGUUGACAACAUAGACUGCCGAAAUAAUGCCUCCGACAACACAUUUAGCAUUUAAUCGGAAGAAACAGACGAUAGAUCACUUGUCGUUGGAGCGACCCCAGGAUCUGCAGCGAUUUUAUGAAUCGGUUGAGCUGGGUCUAAAAAGAAUCGAAUACCGACUCAUACGAUUAGAAAAUUCGUUUAGUGGUUCCGAUAAACGUUAUGAGGAAGAAGUACGGAAAUACCUACCAUCUAUACAGACGAUUAUGCGAUACAUCAAAAAACCGGUUAUCUUAACCAAAGUAGAUGUUCAAGACUUGUUUGAUUCUUAUGAGCAGGCUCUUGGAGAUCCAACCAUGGAAGUCAAAUUCGAUAUGGAAUCGGUUAGAUUAGUGCAGGAUUGUGUAAAUAAAAUUCUUAAUUUUUUACGAAGUGGGUUUGAAGAAGUAGUAGAUAGUUUGUCACUUAUUUUAAAUUUCAUGAAAAAAUACUGUUUAAGCUUUUGUAGUGUGAAGGGCGACUCCUUACUAGAAACCGCCAUUAACUAUGAAAAAACAAGAAGAGAAUUUGUUCUGGCUGUAAGUACAAAUUUAACAGAUAUUUCCGCUAUGGCUGACAAAUUUGAAUCUGAAAAUGGAAUAAAGUUGUCGGACUUUGGUUCCGUUGCUCGUGGUUAUGCGGAACGUAUGGAAGCUAAAUAUGCGCCAUAUUUGUUCAUGUUUGUUCAAGCCGUUCAAAAUGUCAAAGACAGUAUAGCAGAAGUGCGUAGAUGGAUACAGGAAGACGAUAGUUAUUCUACAUAUAUUCAACUAGACAUCGUAGAAAAGGAGAAAGAACGUGACGAAGUUCAACGGACUUUACGGGAUCUUCAAGUUAGGUGUUCAGCUCUCGACCACAGACGUAAAGUUUGUAAGAGAGAUAUAAGUGAAUGUGUUAGUGAAUUAAGACGGUUGGCAAAUAAAGAAAAAUCGCUUAAAUCUCAAGAGGAAUGUAUACUUGAAGAGCUGAGAGACAUUGAAAUGGACAUCGAGGUAAAAGAAAUUCGGAAAGAAGAAAGGAAAAAAGUGCUUCAGUAUGCAACUAAGAAAGAACGUGAAAAAUAUGAUCGUUUAAUUAGCGAACUAGAAAGUUUAAAGACAAAGCAACCCGGCUUGGAGAGAAAAGCUGACGAUAUCAAAAGAAAAUUAGAAUUUCUAAGAUUUCGACGUGAAUUGAAACACAAACGUGAAGAGCAAUUGAAGGAAAUAACAGCUGAUUAUACAGCUGCAGACAAAGAACUAAGAAAACGAGAGAAAGAAAAUGAAAGACUUCAAAAUGCUGUUCUUAAACUUCGUGAAAUUCAUCGUUAUAAAACUAGUCCCGAGGUGCUAAAGAAAUUAUUUUACAAUAUGCCGCUUAGUCAUAGUAAAAACAAAAAAGGCAAACGAAAAGGCACAUUAGAUAUUUCAGAAAGUCCAAGUUUAACCACCCCAACACCAGUGGUGUUGUAUUCAGAUAAACUGGAGAAAGCAUGUCGUGUGGUGGCACAGUCAAUAGAGAAGGAAUGGGUUCCUCUUUAUCGUAUGUUACCCUUUCAUCCCCCAAGGGGAGAAGAAAACUUGCGUGUUGACAUCGAUGACAUCAUAACAAACUUCAUGCGUGAAAAUCAGGAAGUGCAGGCAAAACAAGCAUUAUUAAGAUGGCGUCGUGUUCACACCAGAGCAACUCUCGAAGAUUUAACGAACACAUUGAUGUAUAUGAAGAGAAGGGACAUUGUUGAGAAAAUAGGCGAAGAAAUAGCAAAGAAAAAAUCCUCCCAAAGCGAGAAAAAACAGCCACCGCAGCGGUCAGUGCGCGUAACGAAAUUAGCAGUAGGUCAUCCUAUGAAAUUAAAACUUGCAUCGACAGCUGCUAUUCAUUAGAUAUCAUUUUAAAAUCGGUGAAUGGCGGAACACAUGAAUUAUUAACUACAUAUUAUUUUGUUUAUUAAAAUAUAAAAUUAU